AGCUGGAGACAAAUCAGGAGGACAGAGAGACAGGAGGACAGGAGGAGGAGAGAAGCACAGGAGGAGGACACGAUUGGAGGACAGGAGGAGAACACGGGGAGGACAAGAGGACGACAGGAGGACAUAUUUGGGUGUUAAAAUGAUUUGCUUGAGAGACUCUUUCUGCUGCGACGUCCUCUCUGUCUCUCUGAGGUCCCGUCUGUCUCUCUGAGGAUGUCUCCGGACAUGUGUCUGUCUCUGCGGUCUGUCUGAUCUCCGGAAGCCGAGGACCAACGGGGGUCAGAGGACAGAGGACAGGUCUCAGGAUGUCCUCGGAGCUGGCUGUGGGUGUGGUCUUGAGGAUUUUGCUGCCCCUCAGUUUGACUGCAGCGUCUGUGUUGCGGUAUAAUGGAUUCUCUCUGGUCUACGUCGUCCUGCUGCUGCUGCUUCCACUGCUGCCAGACCCGUCCCCAACCUCAGGUAACACGAGUCGAUGUGUAACCGCGGCGAUCGUCUCCAGCUUCGUCUUCCUGAUGCUGCAGAGUUUCUUCCAAGUCAUCGUCACGACAACCCUGGAGCCGGACUACAACUGUACGUCGUGGCAGAAAGCCCUCGGUCAGGUCGGCCUGGUGAGUCUGAUAGGAGGUGAUCCGGGCUCCGUAGUGCGACAGGUUUUUCCAGAUGUUGGAGUUCUGGUCGUCGGUCUCCUGACCUGGAGGAUGAUGAAGAUGAAGAUGAACGCGCAGCAGCAAGAGGAGGAGCAGGAGGAGGAGGUGCAGCAGCAGGAUGAGGAAGUGCAGCAGGAGGAGGAGGAGGUGCAGCAGCAGCAGCAGCAGGAGGAGCUGAUGUUUGAGGAGACCUCUGAACUUGGAGAGGAGGUGUUGGAAGGAGACGGCAGGAACAGAAUUCUUGUUGAACUGGAGUCACUUGUUUUUAAAACCAGGAAGAUGAUUGGAAACAUGACGACGACUGGAGGGAAAGUUCUACUGACCGUUCUACUGGGAUUCACAGGAAUCAUGUUCCCCUCCCUCUCCUCCCUCCUUUACCUUCUCUGUUUCCAGGUGUUGUGUACCUGGUGGGCGUGGUCUGGUCAGGUCCCGCCCCUCGUUUUCCGUUGCGUGUCAGUGAUGUCACUGGUCUACUCCUCCUUCCACUUCCUGCUCGUCUACUGCUACCAGCUACCCUCACUCCAGGAGACCUGGCCCCCCAACACCACCUCCACCAGUGUGCUGGGCCUGGUGCCGGUGGCCUCAGUGGACUGUGCUGCCCCCUGGAGACUGGAGGUGAACCCUGAUCUCACCUGGUUCCACUUCUGCAGCCCCCUGAUGCUGCUGCUGCUCUACCACUCUGUGGCCUCUCUGUGGAGGAACCAGGUGAUUGAUUUGGAUGGGGGAGCAGAGAAGGGAGAGGCAGCGGAGGGCAGGAGUCUGGACAACAUCACCCCCACCAGCAACCUGAGUGAGGACUUCAUCGGAGACUUGACAGUGGAAAGGCGGAGGGAGCUGUGGAGGAGAGCUCACAGGAACACAGACGAACUCUUAUCGUCGUCCUAUGACAGCCCCUCAGACUCUUUUGCUCCACCCACCCAGAGCACUGCACUCGGAUUGGAUGUAUACUCCAUGCCUCACUACUCUCUCAGCCAAUCAGACACCCUGGAGACAUGUGCUUUUGAAGGAGAUGCGUGGGAGGAUGAGGAGGAUGAGGAAGGUGAAGAAGCAGUGAGGAAGGGUGAGGAGGGGGGAGCUGCUUCCUUGGCCUUCAGCUUCCUCCUCAAACAAAGCUACAUCUGUGCUCUGAUCUCCAUGAUGGCCUGGUCCAUCACAUACGUGUCCUGGCUCACAUGUGUCCUGCUGCUGUGGUCAUGUGUCCUGUGGAUGAUGCGUGAGCGUCGCCGCUACACGCUGAUGUCAUCGCCCUGGCUUGUUGCCUACGGCAACCUGUUGGUCGUCCUGCAGUACAUCUACAGCUUCCCCUCGGUACAGGAAGUCCCUGGACUGUUCCCCAGGAAAGACGACCCCUGCAGGGAACUUGCCUCUAAGUUGCUGUGUCUCUUGACCUUCUGGCUGCUGCUGCGUCAAUCACUGACUGAGAAGAAUGACAGACAGAAAGAUGGACAGGCAGACGCUGAACUGUCAACCAUCACCAUCGAAAUGGAGGAAGACCAGGACGUCACGAGGCAGAAUAAGAAAGAGGAGGUGUUGUACGAGGAGGUCCUGCUCCUGGGAGGAAGAGGAGGAGGACUUCAGAUGGAGGCUAUGGUUGCCGUGGUUAACAGGAUGUUUGUUAAAUACUGGAUCUACGUCUGUGGAACCAUGUUCUUCUUCGUCAGCUUCGAAGGCAAAAUAGUCCUCUACAAGGUCAUCUACAUGGUCAUGUUCCUGUGCUGCGUGGCCCUCUACCAGUUGAACUACGAGCGUUGGCGUGUUUUGCUCCGAGGGUUCUGGGUAGCAGUGGUGGUUUACUCCAUGCUGGUUCUGAUCCUGGUCUACACCUUCCAGUUCCCCUCAUCUCCCCACACCUGGAGCUACUACACUGGACUCAGCACACACAGGUUGGAAGACGUUGGUCUGGAGAAGUUCUCUGUCCCUGUCCUCUUCACCAAGAUCUUCAUCCCUGCUUCAUUCCUGCUGGUGUGCAUUGUCCACCUGCAUUACUUCCACCAACCGUUCCUCCAGCUGACCGACCUGAAGACUGUGGUGGACACUCACAACAGCACCAUCACCAGGUUAGUCCACUCUGAGGGCAGCCUGGUUGACCUCUCACUGGGCGGAGCUCCUCAGCAGGUUGUGGAGGACGAGAGGAGACAGGGACAGAGGGAGAAAGAGGAGGAGACGCAGGACAAGUUUAUAAAGGAGGAAGAGGAGGAGGACUACCCCUGUGUGUUUGACAAGGAAACCCUGUCUGACCACCUGACAGCUCUGGUGUCCUGGAGGUUGGUGGUGGACCGUCUCUCCGUCUUGUUCCUGCGCCUCCUCCUGUCCCUGCAGCGUCUGCAGCGCCUCCUCUGGUGGCUCCUGGAACUGCACAUCGUCAAGAUGGUGUCGUCUUACAUCAUCUGGGUCUGUGUGAAGGAGGUGUGCCUCUUUAACCUGGUCUUCGUGGUGUGUGUGGGCGUGGCCUUGCCCUGCAGGUCGUUGCGCCCCCUGCUGUCUGGAAUCUGUACUGUCUGGACAUGUGUUAUGACCGUCUGUAAGAUGUUGUACCAACUCAACGUCGUCCAGCCACUCAGAUACUCCUCCAACUGCACCAUGCCAGGUAACUCCAGCACUGACCUGUCUCACUCAGCUUUGUACAUCGGCCCAGUUGACCCCGCCCAGUGGGUGGGGCUUCACAAGACAGACGGAAAACUGCUGGACUACCUGAAGUCCAACCUGACGAUGCUAGCCCUGCUAGCCUUUGAGGUCACCAUCUACCGACACCAAGAGCUCUACCGCCUCCGCCAUAACCAAGCCCCGCCCCCCACCAGGACACUCUUCUAUGACAUCACCAGAAGUCACCUGGACAACGGCGUGCUGAGCUGCCUUAAAUACUUCCUCAACUACUUCUUCUACAAGUUUGGGCUCGAGACCUGCUUACUGCUGGCUGUAAAUGUCAUCGGUCAGCGCAUGGACCUGUUUGCUGUUGGCCACGCCCUCGGCCUCAUCACCGUCCUAUCACGGCGCAGCAGGAAGUGCAUUGCGUCCAUUUGGCCGAGGUACUGCUACUUCCUGUCGGGGCUGCUGUGUUUCCAGUACCUGCUGUGCAUCGGUUUCCCUCCUGCAGCCUGUAAAGAGUAUCCAUGGAGACCUCCAUCCUCCAACAUGGAUUCCAACGUGGUGAAGUGGCUCUUCCUUCCUGAUCAUCUGACACCGCCGAACCCACACUUCCUCCUCUACGACUUCCUGCUCGUCCUCGGGGCGUCACUGCAGCUGCAGGUUUUUGAGGAGGAGCUGCAGCCUUUGGUUCAGACACUGGCCGGAGACAACGGCGAGCUGGACGGGGACAACGGACAGAUCUGUGAUCCAAUCAAACGUCUCGGUUUAAGCACGGUGCCCGACUUCAUGCUGUGCAGGUCCUACCUGGACAUGAUGAAGGUCAUCAUCUUCAGCUACAUGUUCUGGUUCGUCCUCACCAUCAUCUUCAUCACAGGAACCACCAGGAUCAGCGUCUUCUGCAUGGGCUACCUGGUGGCCUGUUUCUACUUCCUGUUGGUGGGCGGAGACCUACUUCUGAAACCAGUUAAAUCCAUCCUGCUCUACUGGGACUGCCUGAUUGGCUACAAUGUGUUUGUCAUCACCAUGAAGAAUAUUCUGUCGAUCCUGGCCUGUGGUUUCAUCAAGUCCCUGGUGCUGAAUCACUGUUGGCUGAUACAGCUCUUCAGCUUGGCCUGCACCAUCAAAGGAUACACCAAACCCGAGCAGUCGAGCAGCAAACAGUGCGAGCUGCCCAGCGACGAGGCGGGCAUCGUCUGGGACGGCGUCUGUUUCUGUUUCCUGCUGCUGCAGAGAAGAGUCUUCAGGAGCCACUACUUCCUCUACGUGGUGCUGGACCUGCAGAACACACAGCUGCUGGCCUCCAGGGGGGCGGAGCUUUUCGAGGCGUCCACAGUGAAAGCGGUCAGAGCCAGACUGGAGUUGGAGAAGACGUCCAUGGACCUGCUCAAGAGACAGAUGGACAGGAUUAAAUCUCGACAGCAGAAGUUCCGCAAAGGAAAGGAGAACAUGUUGAGUUUGACCCAAGACAGCUGCCAUACCGACGGUCAGGAAAACAAGAAUGCCCGGCGGCAGAAGGAGUGGUGGAGACCCUGGGUAAACCACGCCUCCAUGGUGAGGAGUGGCGACUACUACCUGUUUGAGACGGACAGCGAGGAAGAGGAGGAAGAGAAGCGAGAGGAAGAGGAGAAGAAGGUGGAGGAGAUUCCAGAGAAAUCAGCCUUCCAGUUUGUCUACCAUGCCUGGAUAACAGACUCCAGAACAGCAAUGAGGGCUCGCAACAACCAAAAGAAGCUGUGGAAGAAGAACUCCUCUGAGCGCAGGGGCCGGAAGGAGGAGAGUGGAGUCGUAGAAGAGGUGGAGAUGGUGGAGGACAGAGAGGAGGAGGGGGAGGAGGAGGAGGAGAAAGAGGAGGAAGCAGACACGGUUCUGCGUCGGUUCUCUUACACACUGCGGUUCUGUUGGGUUCUGCUGUCGGCUCUGUUGGACUCUCUGACUGCCUGGCUCAGUGGGUUGUGUCAGGAGCACAUCGACAUCUCCACCGUGCUCCGCAUCGAACGCUGCAUGCUAACACAGCAGGCCAAGCAGGGCAACGUGCCCAGCAGGGAUGCGAUCAAUGUUUACUACCAAGAGCAGAUGAUGAAAACUUCCAGAGAGUCGGGUUUAGACGACUCCGAGGCCUCGGGAAAGAGAGGCUUCAUUUCUGAAUCAGAAGAAGAAGAAACAGGAGGAGGUGGUCCAGCAGAUCCACAAACCGAGAGGGGACUGGAUCCAGAAACAGUAUUAGGGGCAGAUGGUCCACAUCAACUAGAUAGAACAUCUGGAUCAGCAGAGGGUCCAGCGUUAGGAUCUGAACUAGAACCAGUACCAGUGGAAACUGAAGGCUGUCCCUUAUGUGACAUGGCAAGAACCAGCCAGCGAUCCCGACCCAGACUUUCCAGGAUGGACAGGGUCCGCUCUUCAUCAUCGUCCUCGUCAGAAGAGGAAAGCAUCAGUUGGAGAGAAUCAAGUCAACACUUUCCUGCUGAUGUUCAGCAAACUCACCCCUUCACCGACGCCUCCUCUCCAGCCUCCGCCACCUCCCUGGUCCUCCCCCCGUCCUACAGCCUCGCCCUCGGACUGGACCUCCAGGAGGAAGAGGACGAACACACGAGGAAGAGGAGGACGAGGAGGGAGGUGUCUGGUCCAGAAUUCAGGGAGCGGCUUCUGUCUGAAACUCCCGGGCAGAGGAAUGAGGACUCAGCGUCCACUUCCUGUCCGCUGGCGUCUCGCACUCAGGAGCUGACGGCGAGUGAGCUGCUGAGGAACCGGACUUUCUACGAUGAUGAGCUGGAGGCAUCGGACAGUUUCUACAGCAACCAGCCCCAACUACUUCAGCUGUGCUUCGCCCUCUACAACAUCCUGGCAGCCAGGUCAGAAACCGUGUGUUACCUGGUCAUCGUGCUGAACCACAUGGUGUCCGCCAGCUGUCUGACCCUGGUCCUUCCUGUUCUGGUGUUUCUCUGGGCCAUGCUGUCGGUUCCUCGUCCCAGUAAGACCUUCUGGAUGACGGCCAUCAUCUACACUGAGGCCACCAUCGUCAUCAAGUAUUUCUUCCAGUUCGGUUUCUUUCCCUUCAACCAAAAGUUGGAGGUGGACCGGUCCAAGCCGUUCCACCCCCCAAACAUCCUGGGGGUGGAGAAGAAGGAAGGCUACGUCAUCUACGACCUCCUGCAGCUGCUGGCUUUGUUCUACCACAGAGCUAUACUCAAGUGCCACGGACUGUGGGACCAGACCGCUACCACGGAGGUCGACUCCCUCCGUCACCACCACAAUGUACAACCUGACUCCGCCCACGGUGCCUCCUCCGUCGACGUGCCGGAUGCCGCUAACAUGCUACGACAACGAGUCAGGAGGCGGACGCGCUCCAGCUCCACCCAGCAGCGCUCUCCUGCAGGCAGUGAGAGCUCCAGAGCUCAGCAGCAGAGCAGGUUUGAUCUGCUCCUGGAGAAGCUACGAGAACUUUCCAUCAGAGCCCAGAAGUUCUCAGUUAGCAGGUGCAUGUCUGUCUACCGUCCUCUGGGUCACUUCUUCAGAGCUCUGGUCCAACCAGAGUACAGCGCCGUCACCGACGUCUACGUCCUCAUGUUCCUCGCCGACACCGUUGACUUCAUCAUCAUCGUCUUCGGUUUCUGGGCGUUCGGAAAACACUCAGCGGCCGCUGACAUCACUUCCUCUCUCUCUGAGGAUCAAGUUCCUGAAGCUUUUUUAGUCAUGGUUCUGAUCCAGUUUGGUACCAUGGUGAUAGACAGAGCUCUAUAUUUAAGGAAGACAGUUCUGGGGAAGCUGGUCUUCCAGGUGAUUUUGGUUUUCGGGAUUCACUUCUGGAUGUUCUUCAUCCUGCCGACAGUCACUGAGAGACGUUUCAAUCAGAACCUGGUGGCUCAGCUCUGGUAUUUUGUCAAGUGCGUCUACUUCGGUCUCUCGGCCUAUCAGAUUCGUUCUGGUUAUCCAACACGAGUUCUGGGAAAUUUCCUCACCAAGAGCCACAACUACCUCAACCUCUUCCUCUUCCAGGGCUUCCGUCUUGUCCCCUUCCUGACUGAGCUGAGGGCUGUGAUGGACUGGGUCUGGACGGACACCACGUUGUCUCUGUCCUCGUGGAUCUGUGUGGAGGACGUCUAUGCCCACUGCUUCGUCCUCAAGUGCUGGAGGGAGUCUGAAAAGAGGUACCCUCAGCCCCGGGGCCAGGAGAAGAAGAGGGUGGUGAAGUACGGGAUGGGGGGCCUCAUCGUCCUCCUCCUCAUCUGCAUCGUCUGGUUCCCUCUCCUCUUCAUGUCCCUCAUCAAAUCUGUGGCCGGAGUCCUCAACCGCCCCCUGGACGUGUCCCUGUCCCUCACCCUGGGAGGGUUCCAGCCCAUCUUUACCAUGAGUGCGCAGCAGAAUCAGCUCAGAGAUCUGACGGAGGACGAGUUUCACGCCUUCAUCGGUUCCUACAGUUUCACUCCCAGUGCCUUGCAGUUCCUGGAGGCGUACAGCCAUGAGGAUGUGACGGUGGCACAGUUGCAGGGUAGCAGCAACUCUCUCUGGACCAUCAGCCCCCCCAGCCGGCAGUACCUGAGCCAGGUCCUCAACCUGGACCACUUCCCCUUGACGGUGUCCUGGACUGUGCAGAGAAACUUGAGUCUGGGUGCGAAGGCGGAGCUUGCGUCAGGUAAACAUGUGACCUACCUGGACAACCAGACUCGCCUGGACCUGAUUGAGCUGCUCAACGGAACCAGGACAUCUCCUGUGUUAAUACAGGAAGUGUUUCCGUGUUUCAUUCGAGCUCCCAGCGACUCCAACGCCAAACCAAUCGAGCAGCUGUACUCAGAUAACCGCUACAUGGACAUCACGCUGGCUCUGGAGCGGUCGACCAAUCAGAGCAGAGAGAUCCAGGAAUGGUGGAUUGUUGACCAACCGGUCGCCAGCUUGGUGCCUUUUGAGAAAGAGGCUAUGCUGAGUGACAGCAGGAAGGCAGGGCUUCAGCUGUUUGUGUUCAGUGAUAAAGUCAGUCCUCCGAGUCUGGGCUUCCUGGCUGGAUACGGGAUCAUGGGCCUCUACGCCUCCGUGGUUCUGGUCAUCGGGAAGUUUGUCAGAGAGUUCUUCAGCGGGAUCAGUCACUCCAUCAUGUUCGAAGAGCUGCCAUGUGUCGACCGCAUCCUCAAACUCUGCACCGACAUCUUCCUGGUGAGAGAGACAGGUGAGCUGGAGCUGGAGGAGGAGCUUUAUGCCAAACUGAUCUUCCUGUAUCGAUCACCAGAGACUCUGAUCAAAUGGACACGACGCUGACCUCAUUCAUCAACACCAGACGGAAUUUCAUACGUCUGGUCAUCACAGCUGCUACCGUUCUUUAAAUAUUACACACAGAACCUUUCUCCAGAUGUUCUUGUAAGAAUGAAGGAACUCACUGGAGCCAUACCUGCCUACCUUACUGGGUGAACACUAACUAACGAUAAGGUAAUGUCCACCCUGAGCUAUGGUCCGUGUUACUGAGCAGAUUCAUUGUUGACUCUCAGUGACGGCAGAGAUGCUUCAUAUCCAUUCCUGGAAAGUCCUGGAAACAUUCUAGCAGCUUUCUGAGGCUAGAGCUGGCUAACUAAAAUAUACGCUGAUGACACCAAAAAAAAUGUUUCAGUAAGAAGCUUCUACAAUGUCACCAGAUUUAUUUCCAUCCAGUGUUUUUAAUUCAGAUCUUGUAUUGAUGAUGGGAGAAUCUGACCACUGCACAAAGUCUUCUCCAG